UUUUGUUUUAUUUCCACGUCUUGAGAUAACAUAAUUUUCGGUUCGUUUUUUCCUAACCGCUAAAAGAUGUCGCUAGCUAUCGCGGAGGUUUACACGGUGAAGAAGUUUCACACAGAGAGUAUGAAGAAACCGGCCAAAGCAACGGUUACCGGCGAGGGAGAUGGAAAGAUCAUCGGAGGUGGGCUCCGGGAGGUAAUGAAAACGCCGGUGAAACAGAAUGGAACUAGAAAUUUCGGACGGUGGUUUGUUGGGAAGCCAAAGAAAAGCUCGGCUAAAGUUUCGGAUCCCACGACGAUUGAGUGAAAGAAGAAAAAACGUGUUCUCUUGUUUUUCUUUUAUUUUUCUUCUUUCUUUCUUUCUUU